AUGUCACGAGAAUAUCAAUAUUGUAUAAUACCUUUUUCAGGACAUCAUACUCUUAAUGAAGAUUAUGGUAAAGAAUUUCUUGAUAAUAAGAAAGAAUAUGAUUGUAAGAAAGAUGAUAUUUCUGUAAAAGAAAAAAAGAGAAAUCCUUUAGCAUUAUUGCCGUCAAAUACAGAAUUGAAUAUUCAUAAACCUAAAAAGAAACACAAGAUUUCCAAACCUCCACAUGAUG